AGCCGGACAGGGGCGACGACGCGCGCCGUUCUCGGGGGUGCCGGGCGACCUCGGUCCCUCGCCCCCGCCGUGUCCUGGCCGGCGCCGGGAGAGGUCGCGCAAGAGGCGGAACGGUUAGAUCGCUCUUCGCACAGGUGCGGCCGAGAUAGGCGCCGCAGCCGCACAAGUGUGCCUGGCACCGGGCCCCUGUGACGCACGGCCGUCUGGGAGCCGCGCGGCGGAGCCAUGGCGCCCUGCAAGACCGAGCUGCUGCCUCUGCGGGUGAUGCUGUUCGCGUUCUACGGAGGGAUCGGCUGCGUGCUGCCGUUCGUCACGCUGCAUCUGUCGACGCUGGGCCUGACUGCCGCCGACCAGAGCUGGCUGCAGCUGGUGCUGCCGUUCGUCAGCUGCGCCGGCCCGCUGCUGGGCGGCCCGCUCGCCGACCGGAUGGGCAGCUACAAGCCGCUGCUGGUCGCCUCGCUGCUGGUGUGCGCCGCCGCCUACCCGUGUCUGCUGCUGGUGCCGCCGGUGGAGCGGCUCCCGCCGCGGUCGCCUGAGCUCUUCCUCAGCUGCGGCCCGCGCGGCAGCAUGAUCGGCAGCGAGCUGUGUGUCGACGGCUGCAGCGACGGCGACACCGAGGCGCGCGCCUACCACGUGCUCGACUGCGCGUACCGCUGCGAGGGCGCCGGCCGCAUCACGCAGUGCGAGGUGCUGGACGCCGGCGGUGGGCUCGUGCUGAACGCCUCGCUGCCGCGCCGGCUGCCGCGCGCUGGCGAGCCCGCCUGCUGGUACCCGCUGGUCGACUUCCGGCGCGCGGGCGAGUCGUACCGCAGCCUGGUCUGCGGCCGCGUGUCAGGCUGUCGCCUCCGCUGCGCCGUGCGUCAGCUGAGCGAGCCGCCGCUCUUCGGCCCCGAGCUGUGUCGCGAGACCGUCGGUGACCCCGGCUUCACGCUCUGGCUGUACUUCGGCCUGCGCGCCGCCACCGAGGCGCUGCUGGCGCUGGCGCUGGUGCUGGUGAACGCGACGACGCUGCUGCUGCGCCGCCGCCACGACUCCGACUACGGUCGGGAGGCGCUCUGGGCGCUUCUCGGGCUCGCUACGUUCGCGCCCGUCUGCGGCUACGUGCUGGACGUGCAGGGCGAGGUGGCGGGACGGCCGGACUUCCGGCCCAGCAUGUGCGCCUUCUCCGCACUCAUGCUGGUCUGCGUGGUGCUGGCGUCCGUGGUGCCUGUUCGACCCGGCUUCCCCUCCGACUGCCGUCAGUACUGGCGCCUGCUGGCCAAGAACGUGUUCAACUGCGAGUUCUUCGGCGUCGUGUGUGCGCUCGUGCUGCUCGGCGUGUUCUGGGGCUUCCUCGAGACGUUCCUGUAUGGCCACGUGCGCGGCCUGGGCGGCUCGCAGCUGCAGAACGGCCUCAGUCUGACGGCUGGCACGCUGGUGCUGCUGCCGUUCCUGCUGAGGGCUGAGGCGCUCGUCGCCUACUGCGGCCACCACCACGUCUUUAUCGUCGCGUUCAUCAUCUACAUUGUUCGCUACGUCAGUUACGCGUACAUCACGGAGCCGUGGCUGGUGCUGGUGGCUGAGUCGCUGGAGAUGUUCACGCUGCACCUGGCCUGGAUGGCAGCUGUGCUGUUCGCCUCCGACCGCGGCCGUCCUGUGGUCGAGGCCUCCCUGCAGGCCGUCAUCACAGCCGCCCACUACGGCAUCGGUCGCGGGGUGGCCGCCGGCGUGGUCCAGUACGCGCUCCCACUGAGCUCCAGCUUCCUGCUGCUGUGCGCCGGCUCCGUGCUGGCGGCGGUGGCCGCCACGCUGUACCUGGUGCUGUACCACUGCUGCCGCGCCCUGCGGACCGACCGGCGCGCCUACAACAAGAGGCAGUUGUACAACAGCGGAGGCGCCAUGCUGAACGGUCCCCACUCGAGCCAGAGCAGGAGGUGAGCUGCUGGGCUAUCGCCGACCGCUGACGCGGAGGGGAUCCCUGGCAAGGAGCCGCGUGCGGUCGCCGGCCACCCGCGAAGGUCACGUGCCGCUGGUGGCCAGCCUCCCUAAAAGCGGCGGUGGAGGAGGCGCCCAGCACGGGCGGGGAGGUGACGCGGCGUGAGACGUCAUCGGCCGUCCGGGCGCCGAGAAGGCGGCUGCGGAGUGGCAGUCGAAGGGCUGGAUCACGGCAGUGACGUGGCGACUGCGUGAUGCUCUGGCAUCUGGAAAACAGAGUCGGGACAUAGGCGGCGCUUUUGAAACGCUCCACGUGACCGCGGCGUUUGGUGCAUGGGAACAAUGCAGUGCUCUCAGAUCGGAGGAUCGCCCUGUUCGCAGAAUCCGCCCAUGUAGUCAAUACUCUGGGUCAGCGUAUGAAGACGGGGUUUGCGUCGCGGUGAUCAAUGCCUCCGUGUGUCCAGCAAAAGGUUCCAGCGACGGAACAGGGCGACGAUCAAAAUAUGGCCUAGCUCUCACCCGCGAUUGCUGGUACGUGCAGAAGCGAGCUACGUUCUCGCUGAUCGCAGUCCGCGAACAGCGCGCGAUACACAGGACAUCCGUGGUCUGUGCAGCCAGCUGUCCGUGACGUCAUUUCGCACGCGGUGAGAUGCGACAAAGUCGCACUCCACACACCGCACCCGUGUUUCGUGUCGUCACUCCGCACUGUCUCCCGGCGCACUCGUCGGCAUAGCUGCGACGCGAAGCCCGGCGUAUUUGUCACGCCUUGAGCUGCGCCACUUGUCGACGCCCCACCGGCGGCGGACAGUGCGCGUGGGGCGCGGCGGGGGGUCACACGGGCCCUGUAUGAUCCAAGUGAACGCAUGUACACUGCCUUUGCCUUCUUUGGGUGCUUGGGUGUCGUAUGUUAGCCAGCAGGACAGCAUGGGUCACAUGUGCGGUAAUAAACGUACGGGAUAUGCAAAAUUAGCUGGAUCUGGCUAACGGUACUCAACAGAAGGCAUUGCGAAGUAGCUUAUGGAAGUAUUAGUUGAUUGGGUGUGGUUUCGAGGCUCCGGGAAGCCGGGAGCCGCUUAAUGCUCACCUAUGUCAAGCCUCCCUGAAGAAGCUGCCGUGCGCGAACAUCGCCGAGGAACACCGCAGUAUAGCCGCUUGUUUGCUGACACUUCAUCGCGGACAUACGGGCUCGCCGGCAAAGACCGCAAUGUUAUCUGAUCGCUGCAGGUCACCUGCCGUCACCUGUAGCCAUCAAUUUCACUCCGAGCCCCGACUUCGGCGUGCAAGCGUAGGAUAUUUGCAAUCUU